GAAGAUGGCUUUUUCCUCCUCGGUCAGGAGCUUCCCAGAGGAAGCAAACCGAAUGCACCCGUGUCCCUUUAGGCAGAGACAAGUCGGUGCCCCGCUGUUUAGUCCCCAAGGAUGUGGCCUUCUGCCCGACCUCUAGCACGGGGUUCAGGAUCCGUAGGGCACUAGGACCCGACGGGGCGGAGGGGCUGCCCGUUUGCCGCGUUCGCUCGCUCCCUCCCACCCUCCUGCUCCAGCUCCUGCUCCUGCUCCCGCUCCAUUGUCUGGGAACUGCAGCCACGGGGCGGGCUGACCGGCGGACCGGCGGGCGGCGGAACGGACCCAGUCGGCCGGGUCGGGCCGGGAGAUGCCGGGCGGACAGCGGCCACCUGAGCCGCCCGCCUAGUCCCCGCCUCCGUGGGAAGGAUGUGCGCCAGGAUGGCCGGGCGCGCGGCAGCGGCUCCCCGGGGGCCCUGCGGCCCCUGGCUCUGCCUCCUGGUGGCCCUCGCCCUGGACGUCGUGAGAGUGGACUGUGACCAGGACUCCCUGGACCCAGUCUACCUGCCUGCAGCCCUGGAGCUCCUGGAUGCCCCCGAGCACUUCCGUGUGCAGCAAGUGGGCCAAUACCCACCUGCCAACUCCUCUCUGAGCUCCCGAUCUGAGACCUUUCUGCUCCUGCAGCCCUGGCCCAGGGCCCAGCCACUUCUCCGGGCUUCCUACCCACCCUUCGCCACUCAGCAGGUGGUCCCUCCUCGGGUCAUUGAACCACACCGACGGCCAGUCCCAUGGGAUGUGCGGGCCGUGUCAGUGGAAGCAGCCGUGACUCCAGCAGAACCCCACGCCCGCGUCCUCUUCCACCUCAAAGGGCAGGAUUGGCCGCCGGGGCCUGGCAGCCUACCUUGUGCCCGACUCCAUGCCACACACCCCGCAGGCACUGCUCACCGAGCCUGCCGAUUCCAGCCAUCCCUGGGUGCCUGCGUGGUGGAGCUGGAGUUCCCCUCACACUGGUUCUCCCAGGGCUCGGCCACACGAGCCGAGCUGGCCUACACACUGGAGCCGGCAGCCGAGGGCCCUGGGGGCUGUGACCCUGGCAGGGAGGAAGACCAGGAGCAGGCCCUCCCCGUGGGCAGUGUGGAGCUGCGCCCAGCAGAUCCCCCACAGUACCAAGAGGUGCCCCUGGAUGAGGCAGUGACACUCCGGGUGCCCGACGUGCCCGUGAGGCCUGGCCAGCUCUUCAGUGCCACCCUCCUGCUUCGGCACAACUUCACAGCCAGCGUCCUGACCCUGAGGAUCAAGGUGAAGAAGGGGCUGCAUGUGACAGCUGCCCGCCUGGCCCAGCCCACCCUCUGGACUGCCAAGAUGGACCGCUUCAAGGGCUCCAAGCACCAUACCACCCUCAUCACUUGCCACCGGGCCAGCCCCGCGGGGCCAGACUCCAGCAGCCCCCUGGAACUGUCCGAGUUCCUGUGGGUGGACUUUUUGGUGGAGAAUGGCACUAGCGGGGGUGUGGCGGUCACUCGCCCUGUCACAUGGCAGCUGGAGUACCCAGGCCAGGCCCCCGAAGCAGAGAAGGACAAAAUGGUGUGGGAGAUCCUGGUGUCGGAGCGGGAUAUAAGAGCCCUCAUCCCACUGGCCAAGGCCGAAGAGCUGGUGAACACAGCGCCCUUGACUGGAGUGCCACGUCGCAUCCCCGUGCGCCUUGUCACUGUGGACAGCGGCGGAGCUCUGGUGGAAGUGACAGAGCACAUUGGCUGUGAGUCUGCCAACACACAGGUCCUGCAGGUGUCCGAGGCCUGUGACGCUGUGUUUGUGGCUGGCCAGGAGAGCCGGGGCGCUCGGGGAGUGCGGGUGGAUUUCUGGUGGCGCCGGCUGCGGGCUGCGCUGCGGCUGACUGUGUGGGCCCCGCUGCUGCCCCUGCGCAUCGAGCUGACUGACACCACCCUCGAGCAGGUCCGAGGCUGGAGGGUACCCGGCCCAGCGGAAGGGGCGCAGGAGCCUGAGGCGAUCGGGGCGGACGAAGCCGAGCGCCGCGCUCGCAGUUGCCGCCUGCAGUACCAGCGCGCCGGCGUGCGCUUUCUUGUUCCCUUCGCGGCCCACCCGCUGGACGGCGGCCGCCGCCUCACCCACCUGCUGGGCCCUGACUGGCUGCUGGACGUGUCCCACCUCGUGGCGCCGCACGCCCGCGUGCAGGACCCGCGCGUAGCUUCGCUGGAGGGAGGCCGCGUUCUGGUGGGCCGGGAGCCUGGUGUCACCUCCAUCGAGGUGCGCUCCCCGCUGUCUGACUCCAUCCUGGGGGAGCAGGCGCUGGCAGUGACAGAUGACAAGGUCUCCGUGCUGGAGUUGCGGGUGCAGCCAGUGAUGGGCAUCUCACUGGCCCUGAGCCGGGGUACUGCCCACCCUGGGGAGGUCACAGCCACGAGUUGGGCAGUGUCAGCCUUUCCGGCCCCAAAGCAGGAGGUGGCCCUUUCGCUAUGGCUGUCCUUUUCUGACCACACCCUGGCCCCCGCUGAGCUCUACGACCACCGUGACCUGGUACUGUCCGUCUCAGCCGAGGAGCCCGGUGCCGUGCUGCCAGCCGAGGAGCAGGGUGCCCAUUUUGGGGUGGUGGUGAGUGGGGCAGGCGCUGAGGGGCUGCCCUUGCACGUGGCUCUGCACCCACCUGAGCCCUGCCGCCGGGGCCGCCACCGUGUGCCCCUGGCCUCUGGCACCGCCUGGCUAGGGCUGCCCCCUGCUCCCACCCCGGCCCCUGCCCUCCCAUCCAGCCCAUCUCGGAGCUCACCAGCCCCGGAGGCCAGCAUGGGUGGCGAACGACGGUGGGCAGGCAGUGUCGGGGGCGGCGGGGAUGUGAGGAGUAAGUUUGAGCGGGCAGAGGAGGAGGUGGGGAAGGAGGAGGCAGAAACUAGGGAGGAGGAGGAAGAGGAGGAGAUGGUCCCCGCCCCUCAGCGGGUCACCGACCUAGAACUGGGCAUGUACGCCCUGCUGGGCAUCUUCUGUCUGGCCAUCCUCAUCUUCCUGGUCAAUGGCGUGGUCUUCGUGCUGCGCUACCAGCGCAAGGAGCCUCCCGACAGUGCCGCCGACCCCGCCUCCCCCCAGCCCCACAACUGGGUCUGGCUGGGCACUGACCAGGAGGAACUGAGCCGCCAGCUGGACCGCCAGUCUCCUGGCUUGCCCAAGGGGGAGGGGGGCUGCCCCUGCGAGAGUGGGGGAGGAGGGGAGGCCCUGACCCUGGCCCAGGCCCAGGCCCCUGCAGAGGGCACCCCCAGCUCCUCAAGCACUUUGACCAGGAAGGAAGCUGGGGGGCGGCGGAGGCGUGUGGAGUUUGUGACGUUUGCGCCAGCACCCCCAGCCCAGCUGCCCGAGGAGCCCGUGGGGGCCCCUGCGGUGCAGUCCAUCCUGGUGGCGGGCGAGGAGGACAUCCGCUGGGUGUGCGAGGACAUGGGACUGAAGGACCCUGAGGAGCUGCGCAGCUACAUGGAAAGGAUCCGGGGCAGCUCCUGACCCUCCCCCUGGCCUGGCGCUGUCGGCCGCUGUCGGCCUCCAGCCUGGGGCAGCCUCCUGCUCAUCCUCUGGUGCUUGUGAAUCCGAGUCCCCUGCCUGGUCCCUCACAAGGACUCCCACCCAGGCCCCCCUCUGCCCUGCCCUUUGCCAUGGACCAUGGUCGCGAGGAAGGGCUCAUGUGGCCCUUAUUUGUGAGAACCAUUUCAUCCUAAUGCUGGGUACAGAAUAAACUGAGAAGGAAACCUCA